AUGUAUUCAUCUAAAGUUUCUUCCUUAACUCGUCUUAAUCAAUCUACACAUCUAUUUCGUCGAUCAUUUUUUAAUCAAACAUAUAUUAAUGGUCAAUGGGUUUCAUCACAAUCAGGUGAAACAUUUAAAGUUUAUAAUCCAUCAAAUGGUAAAGAAAUUGGUAGUGUACCAAAUUGUAAUAAUCAAGAUGCUGAUAAAGCUAUUCAAGCAGCUUAUGAUACAUUUCAUAAUAAAUGGUCGAUUAAAACAGGAAAAGAACGAAGUGUUAUAAUGAGAAAAUUUAAUGAUUUAAUUUUAAAAAAUAAAGAUCAUUUAGCAAAGAUUUUAACAACUGAAAUGGGUAAACCAGUAAAAGAAGCAGCUGGAGAAAUAGUCUAUGGUGCAAGUUAUAUUGAAUGGUUUGCUGAAGAAGCUAAACGUAUUCAUGGUGAUGUUCUUCCAUCAGCUACAGUAAAUCGUCGUUCAUUUGUUAUUCGUCAACCUGUUGGUGUUUGUGGUUUUAUAACACCAUGGAAUUUUCCAAGUUCAAUGAUAUUACGUAAAGCUGGUCCAGCACUUGCUGCUGGUUGUACAAUUGUUAUUAAACCUGCUGAAGAUACACCUUAUUCAUGUUUAGCUCUUUGCGAUUUAGCAAAAGAAGCAGGAUUUCCUGACGGUACAAUUAAUGUUUUAACAAGUACUCGUUCAGCGGAAAUCGGUAAAUUCCUAUGUGAACAUCCAUUAAUUUCAAAAAUGUCAUUUACUGGAUCAACCGAAGUUGGUAAAAAAAUUAUGGCUAUGUGUGCAUCAACUGUAAAAAAGAUAUCAUUAGAACUUGGUGGUAAUGCACCAUUUUUAGUUUUUAAUUCAGCAGAUGUUAAACAAGCUGUACAAGGAGCUAUGGCAUCGAAAUUUCGAGCUUCAGGACAAACAUGUGUAUGUGCAAAUCGAAUUCUUGUACAAGAUGGAAUUUAUGAUGAAUUUAUUGCUGAAUUUACAAAAAAAGCAAAAGAACAAACAGUUGGUGAUGGUUUGGAUGAGAAAACAAUUUUAGGACCUGUUAUUAAUCAAGAUCAAUAUGAAAGAAUAAUUGAUUUUGUUGCCGAUGCAAGAGAUAAAGGCGCAAAGAUUAUUACUGGUGGAAAAGAAAAAAAAGGAAAAAAUUCAGGAUUUUUUAUUGAACCAACUAUUAUUGCAGAUGUAAAAUUAUCGAUGCGAGUAGCACAAGAAGAAAUAUUUGGACCAGUAGCCUCAAUUAUUAAAUUCAAAACUGAAGAGGAAGCUAUUAAAAUUGCUAAUUCAGUUGAUGUUGGCUUAGCUGCUUAUUUAUAUAGUCAAGAUUUGUCUCAAGUUUGGCGUGUUGCUGAACGACUUCAAACUGGUAUGGUUGGUAUCAACGAAGGAUUAAUUUCAUCUGUCGAAGCACCAUUUGGUGGAGUUAAACAAAGUGGUUUCGGACGAGAAGGUUCAAAAUAUGGAAUGGAAGAUUAUGUUAAUAUGAAAUAUAUUUGCAUGGGCAAUUUAAAAGAUGUUGAUCGUACUUCAUAA